GCCUCCUCGCUCGUCCUUUUGAAAGUCAAACGAGAGAAAGCGACAGAAUCUCCUGUUGAUACAUUGAUAGGCUCCAUCAUUCUCCAUUGCUGCUCUGUGAUCGUUCUGUCCUUUCUUCUUCCAUGAAUCUGAGCGGUGCAUCGAACUCCGGAGGCGCCGGAUCGAACGAUUCUUCGCCACCCAAAAAGAAUUCCAAGAGACCCAAAUACUCGAGGUUUACUCAGCAAGAGUUGCCAGCUUGCAAGCCAAUACUAACUCCGCAAUGGGUGAUCUCCGCGUUCGCUCUCAUCAGCAUCAUCUUUGUCCCCAUCGGUGUUGCCUCCCUGCUUGCAUCACGGGAUGUUGUUGAAAUCAUUGACCGGUAUGAGACAGAGUGCAUUCCAGAGAGCUCAAGAGGCAAUAAGCUUGCAUUUAUACAGGACCCGAAAACAGACAAAACCUGCAUCAGGACAAUAACAGUGCCGAAGCUUAUGAAGCAGCCUAUUUAUGUGUAUUAUCAGCUUGAUAACUUCUACCAAAAUCAUCGCAGGUAUGUCAAGAGUCGAAGCGAUGAGCAGCUGCAGAAGCCUGGGCAACAAAAUUCCACGAGCACCUGUGAACCCGAAGACACCACAGCAGAUGGAUCUCCAAUUGUUCCUUGUGGUCUCAUAGCUUGGAGUUUGUUCAACGACACAUACAGUUUCACUCGCAAAAACCAGGCGCUGACUGUGAACAAGAAGGAUAUUUCCUGGAAAAGCGACAGGGACCGCAAGUUUGGUGACAAUGUCUUUCCUAAGAACUUCCAAAGUGGGACUCUGAUAGGUGGUGGAAAACUCGACACGACAAAACCAUUGAGUGAGCAAGAGGAUCUUAUUGUUUGGAUGAGGACUGCAGCCCUUCCAACCUUUAGGAAGUUGUAUGGGAAGAUAGAGGUGGACCUUGAAGCAAAUGAAGUGAUAAGUGUGAUGCUAGGGAACAAUUACAACACAUACAGUUUCGGAGGGAAGAAGAAGCUGGUGCUUUCGACCACGAGUUGGCUGGGAGGGAAGAAUGACUUUCUUGGCAUUGCAUAUCUCACAGUUGGCGGGUUGUGCUUCUUCUUGGCAAUGGCCUUCACUAUCAUAUAUCUGGUCAAACCAAGGCAGCUUGGUGACCCUUCCUAUUUAUCAUGGAACAGAAAUCCAUCCGGACAUUGAAUGUUUCAGGUACUUUGAUGCUGUGGACAUUGAUGACUUGGCUUCUUACUUCAGAUAAUUGUAUGUAUACUUUGAUGCUGCGGACAUUGAUGACUUGGCUUCUUACUUCAGAUAAUUGUAUGUAACUCCUAGUGUAUUCUGAAAUCCACAUGAUUUCAUAUAUAACUUCAAAGCAAGCUCCUUGAAAGAGUUGGAAGUCUUGGAGUUUGAUGGGAGUGCAAGACAUUGAUGAAAUGAAUGUAUUAUUUCAGGAAAAGAAAUUGCAUAUCCUUUCUUGUUCUUUCA